AACACUUUCUACCCAUGACCGGCAUCGCAGUACGUUGCGCCCGGAUUGGGAUGCUAAAGAUAUCGCUUUCCAGCUGGUGAUGCAGAAAAAUUCAACAUUUUAUAAUUGAAAGCCAAACCGUUUGUAAACAUCCAUGUUGCUACUCACACUUGUAACAAUGUAACGUCCAAAUCUUUAAAAAAGCAAUGCUACCAACACGUAAGGCUGAAAUUAAGAGACCAUUGAGAAGCGAGAUGCGAGACCAGUAUAGUAUUAAUAAAAGCACGCAUUUGACGCAAUACGUAUCAGCAAUAAAAACAACCGGUGUGUAAUUUUGGGACUACAUGCGCAAAUGCACGUGUUGUUGAGGUUAAAAAAGAAAAUUGCAUAUUCAAUCUCUGCGGAUUGCGACGUAUUUAGAUGUAAAAACAAAGCACACGGUAAAGGAUGGCGAAGAUCGUGGAGUCGCUGAAGAGACUGAGCGUCGAAAAUGGGCGAAAGGGUCCAGAUAAGAACCGAGGAAACCAGUACAAAGGAGAAUUUGUAGUGUCUAUCGAGGAGACUGUAACGAAGGACAACCAGAACUACAUUCUAUCCGUCUGUGGCACUCAGACUAAUGAUCCAGAAUUCAGGUUAGCCACUGCUUUAUCUGAUCAUUCCUGUAUAGUAUACACAGCUGGGGAGCAAAUCACCAAAAAUGCUACACUCAAGCACAAUGAGUCUCCCAUUAUAGGUAUUAAAUUUAGUCCUACAUCGCGAAAUAUAAUUUACACUGCCUACAAUGAUGGUAAUGUUACUGCCUGUGACUUGCGAGCCAAAGGGAAGGUUGUUGCAGAAUUUAGAGAUAACUCAGAAGAAAAACUCAAACCCCUUGCCAGUUUUGAUAUAAGUUGCGAUGAAAGGCUUAUAGCAGGUGGAACUGAACAUAUUGGUGGUGAUGCUUUUAUACUCUUUUGGGAUAUUAGAUAUAGCAACUCUAAGCUUAAUGGUAAAAAUAGCUUGUUAGGUGGUUAUUGGGAGUCACAUAUGGACGAUAUUACGACAUUAGCAUUUCAUUCUACUAAAAGGGAUGUCCUAGCAUCUGGUAGUACUGACGGUCUCAUCAAUGUCUUUGACCUUUCACAAACAACAGAAGAUGCUGCUUUGACUUACUCUUUAAAUACAGAAUCCUCUGUUGAUCGAAUAGGUUGGCUUGCAAAUGACCACUUGUGGUGUACUACACAUACUCAUGAACUUCAACUUUGGAAUUGUGAAGAUGCAGAACCUUAUAACAAAUAUGAAAGAAAUCAUCUUCCUUUAGAAGAGAAUGAUGAUCCAGACAGUUGUUAUUUGGUAAGGAUACAUGCCCCAAGUACCUUUGGUAAUCCUUAUUUGCUUGCUGGUUUGAGCUCAACAAAAGGAGAGUUUCUUCAAUGUCUUAGUUUUGGUAAAAAUGAAUUAGAGCUAUAUUAUAAUGUAACGGGAAAUAAGCAAUUGGUUCGAGAUAGCUGGUUACAUGAAAAGAGUGGUUGUUUAGUCACUGGCGGCGAAGCUGGUAUCCUAAAUAUUUGGAGACAAACAGAGCCACCCCUAAUCCACAGAAAUACAAGUAACAAGCGGCCCUCAAAAAUUGGAGCGGAGAAAAGUCGUAAUGACAAAAAUCAUCGGACUAAGCCGUACUAAACCCGCAUGAAAUUGUAAUUAUUUAUAGGACUUUGAAUAAUAUUUUAUAAAUGAUUGAAUGCUAUUUUAUGAAAAAACUAAAUUAAUUUAAUUAAAAUACAUUUUACGUGCAAAUUACCUUUGAUUUGUCUUGAUUAUGUUCAUUGAUUCUCAACGAAUUAUUUAUAUUAGUUAACAUAAAAAGUGUUUAUAAAAUUCACAAAAAAAUAUUGUAAAUGAUUCACAUAGUGAUGGAGUGAUUUUAUAUUGUGUACGCUUAUUUACAUUUAACUAUUGACGCUUUUUCGCAUUGCAGUAAAGUAUAGCAUCCUUAAAAGUUGAAUAUCACAGAAAUAUAAAAUCUAUUUUGACAACAAAUACAUAUAUGUACGGAAAAUCGAU